GCAGGGAAAGAGUUCCGUCUCAGGCAGGAACGAAUCGGCGAUGUUGCCGUGGUAACAGAGACCCUGUGGGCGGGGGAAGGGGAGAGGUGCGGCGCAUGGAGGGGCGGCGGCGCUGAGCUGUUGUAAGUGAAGUUCUGGAAGAAUGGCGAGCAGACGGAUUACUCAGGAGACGUUUGAUAAUGCGGUGCAAGAAAACAUCAUUGAGUUUGAGAUGGAGCCAGAAGAGGCUUUGAAAGAAGCAAUACAACAGUUUGAAUCACAAGGUGUUGAUCUUGUCAAUGUGGUGAAAACUGUGCAGAAUUUUACAUCCAAAGGCAGCAACUCGAAGCACCAUGUCCUACAGGCCCUGGAUGCACUUCAAAAAGCCCUGGGUGUCUUGGCUCUUGAUGAAAUGGGGGAUCACCUGACUAGUUUCACUGAGCAGUGCAGUCUCGAUUUUGCUCACCGCCAUCUGGCAGCUGAAAAGUCGGCCUACGCCACGGUGCUGUCCUCCUGCAGAGCACUGAUGUCCGACGAGCUGGGCCUGCUGAAGGGAGUCCAGGCCUUGGCUGCCCUGCUGGAUGGUCAGCCGGACCUGCUGGACUCGGAGGGCCAGCACCUCCUCCUAGAGAUCUUGCAGCAGCACCGAGAGCACGCUGUUCUGAACGCAGCCACCAUCCGUGCCAUCCGUUACAGCUGCCUGAAGCAUGAGCAAAACCGGCAAGACCUGGUGCAGCGCGGGGUGCUGCCGCUGCUGACCGGUGCCAUUGUGGAUCACGGCACCAGUGCCGAUGUGGUCAGAGAGGCAGCUUGUGCCCUGCGGGUCAUGACCUAUGACGACGACAUCCGAGUGCCCUUUGGCCGCGCCCACGAUCACGCAAAGAUGAUAGUGAUGGAGAACGAUGGACUCCGAGUCGUCAUCGAAGCUGCAAAAGCUUUCACAGAAAAUCCCUCGGUCCUCAGUGAGCUGUGCUCCACCUUGUCGCGCCUUGCUGUCAGGAAUGAGUUCUGCCAGGACAUUGUGGAUCUGGGCGGUCUGAAUUUCAUGGUAGCUCUGCUGGCCGACUGCAUCGAACAUCGGGAACUGGUGAGGCAGGUGCUGGGUGCAUUUCGAGCUGUUGCAGGUAAUGACGAAGUUAAAGAUGCGAUCAUCAAUGCUGGUGGAACGGACCUGAUUGUGUUGGCGAUGAACCGUCACAUGGGAAGCCCACAGGUCUGUGAGCAGGGCUGUGCAGCCCUGGGAACGUUUGCUCUGCGGAAGCCAGAAAACUGCAGGGUGAUUAUGGAGGGCGGUGGUGCGCUGAUGGCACUGCAGGCAAUGAAGUCCCACCCAGCUGAAGUAAACGUGCAGAAGCAGGCUUGUGUGCUGCUCCGUAACCUGGUGGUACGGAAGCCUGACUUUUCCCAGUUGAUCCUUGAGAUGGGAGCAGAAGUGCUGAUACGACAGGCUAAGGCCACUCACCAGGACUGUGAGGACCUGGCAAAAGCUGCCCUACGAGACCUCGGCUGCAAAGUGGAGCUUCAGGAACUCUGGACAGGACAGAAAGGUGGCAUCUCCCGUUAACCUGACCGGGAGAUCACAUUGAAUUGGCCAAGACAGUAACCCCACACAAGUACCUCAAUCUCAGAUGCACAUUGCUGGUUUUUCCAACACUUAACUUCUUGUUGGCCGUCUGAGAUGUGGUUGAGUUAAACUGGGGACCUCUGAGGUGAUUGCUUCAUUACAGUGAGUUAAAGUUUAACCAACCUCCACUCCCCCCCCCAUGCACCCCUUACCCUGGACUCCAGUGAACAGAGGCAGAAAGAUACUGGGAGACAGGACAAAGUGCUAAUUCACACAGCAACUUUCUUCCAAAAAUGAGCAUGCUUGAAAGUUUUCUCAGUGUGGCGGGUAAUCAACUUCUGGAAAUUCCAUUGCUUUCUGAUCCAGGAUGUGCUUUUCAACAGAGUUUUCAGUAGCAGAAUGCAGAGUGUUUCAGGAUAUUGUCCUUCUACCACCUGUGGAUAUUAAAGCCUGUAACACCACACAAAGCUUCGGUCUUGUAGUCGUCUGGCAUUAAACCUGCCACCUCACAGA